CCAUCUGAAGACAUCGGCUGGACAUCGUGCUUCGACGGAUUUCGUUGCGCGUUACUCACGGUUCCCAUGGACUAUCAGUCAGACUCCCCGGACGCGGCGACAGCCACCAUCGCGCUCCAGAUGCUCCCGGCCAAAGAUUCCCUCGACGUGCAGGGCACCAUCCUCAUCAAUCCAGGUGGCCCUGGCCAGUCGGGGACCGUGGGUAUCAAUCGGUGGGGGAGGCAUAUUGCCGAAAUCGUUGGUGGAAACUACAACAUCCUAGGCUUUGACCCGCGAGGUACUGGUGCCAGCACACCGUCGGCACAGUGCUUCGAAUCCGACUUUCACCAUCAGCUGUUUGGUAUGGGAGCCAGACGAAGAUUGUUAAGUCUCGACGACGACUCUGUAGCUGAAGCCCGCGGCUGGGAGCAACUCGCCGGGCAGCAGUGCAUGGAAGUGUUGGACAGAAAUAGCACGGACGCACCUGGCGAGAUAUCGGCAUUGAGGCCCGGGAGGUUCAUGAGCAGUGCCAGUGUCGCGACGGAUAUGCUCACAAUCAUAGAUAAGUUGGGUCAGGAUAAGUUGAAUUACUGGGGAUUCAGCUAUGGUACCGUCUUGGGUCAAUACUUUGCCACCAUGUACCCCAAGAGAGUGGGCCGACUUGUCCUAGACGGCGUAUGCGAUGCACAGAAGUACCUCGAGGCCCGGUGGAACGGCAAUCUCCUCGACACCGAUGCCGUCGAGGCGUCAUUCUACCAUUUCUGCUUUGAAGGCGGUCCCGGAAAAUGCCCGCUGUACGAGGCAUCCCCCACCCUCAUCCGCAACCGCGUUUACGCCAUUAGAGAUACGCUCAGACGCUCUCCGAUCCCAGUGCAGCACGCGCACGGACCUGCGCUACUUACGGAAGCUGCGCUGGACAUGCUUACAUUUGGGGCCCUGUAUAUCCCCAUCCGAUACUUUGCUACUUUAGCGGAGAUCCUGGUGGCCGCAGAGAAACGGGACCAGAAAACACUGGCCAACUUCGCCGCGUUCUUCUCGCCAACGAUGUCAUGCGACUGCGACCCUAUUCCCGGCCAACUCCCGUCAAACGAGGCGUUCUCUGCCAUCGCAUGCAGCGAUGGUGACCCGGUCUCGUACGACCCCGAAAGCCACGCGCGAUACUUCCGCAACAUGUCGUCAGACUCUCCGAGGUUCGCCCCAGUCUGGGGGAACUACUACCUCCGCUGUACGGAGUGGAAAAUCCGCCCCAAAUGGCGGUACACCGGCCCCUUCGGCUCGCCCAACACGUCGAGCCCGCUGCUCUUCGUAUCGCCCAAGUACGACACCGUCUGUCCUCUGGCGCAGGCGCGCGCCGCGCACGCCCGCUUCCCCGGCUCGGCGUUGCUCGUCCAGGACUCGUAUGGCCACACUGUUCCGUCCGCGCCUUCGGUGUGCACUGCGAGGCACAUCCGGGCGUAUUUCCAGAACGGCACGCUCCCUGAAGAAGGGACGGAAUGCGGGGCAGAUGAAGUGCCAUUCGUGGGCGAGACGGUCCCCGGUGAUCUUUCGGUAGAUGACAGACAACUACUGGAUACACUGAAAGCCUUUGCACGAGUUAUACCGUAG